AUUGCGAAUAUAUUGUCCUGGUAUGCGGUUCACGUUUGGGGCUGCCUUUUCUACAGUGUGAUAUUUAUUUGGAGACGGUUCGGCUUGCGAACUCACAUCGGCGAAAAGCAGCGAGCGGCCACCUGGCGCAACCUACUUCCAAGGAGCGUCAAAGCGGGCUCAUCGCGUCGUCCCUUCUCCGGCGGCACAACAACGGCUAGCAUGGACAACGAGGCGGCGAGUGAGGCGAAGCGACCGCGACUUGAGGACGAGGCGACCAGUCCUGCUGCGGUGGACGACGCCAAGCGCGGAUUCCGCGUCCAGGCCACCGGCUGUGCGGGCACGCUGCUCUUCUCCGGAGGCACCAACUGGGACACCAUCGGCCGCAGACCCAAAGACAAGCAGAAGGCCGGUGGUUCCCAGGAGCGCAAUCUGUGGGGCCCCCACCGGCUGGCCUGGCCACAUCGAGUGAAGGCCGUCUUCUCGGGUUGCUCAGCUUGCCACACUGUGCUGCUCACUGAGCAGGGACAGGCCUACACCUGGGGACGCAAUGACAAGGGCCAGCUGGGCCAGUGUGACUUGAAGCGGCGCGACCUGCCCACCUUGGUGGAAACGCUCAAGGACUCCAUGGUGGUGGCUGCGGCAUGCGGCCGUGCACACACGCUCUUCCUCACUGACCACGGCUCGGUGUUUGCCUGUGGUGACAACAAGAUGGGCCAGUGUGGGGUGGGCUCGCAGAAUGCCUCUGUGCACGUGCCGACGCGUGUCGCCUUCAAGCUGCGGCCAGCUGUGCGCGUCUCGUGCGGGGGCGAGUUUUCGGUGCUUGUUGAUUGUCGGGGCCACGUGUACACGUUUGGCUGUCCCGAGUAUGGCCAGCUCGGCCACAACACUGACGGCCGCUAUUUCGUUACCAGCAACAAGCUGCAGUUCAAGUGUGAGCUAGUGCCUCGACGCGUCCAGGUGUUCAUCGACCGUAACCGCGAGGGCCAUGUCGUAUCGGUCGACGACGUCCACAUUGUUGAAGUUGCAUCGGGACUCAACCACACGAUAGCCUUAGACGAGCGCAAGCGCUGCUUCUCGUGGGGCUUUGGUGGCUAUGGCCGGCUGGGCCACAAUGAGCCCAAGGACGAGAUGGUGCCCCGCCUCAUCAAGGCCUUCGAGGGACCCAAUCGAGGACUCUGCUCUGUGUACGCCGGUGGCACCUUCAGCAUGGCUGUCAGCGAGCUCGGAGUGCUCUAUUUCUGGGGCAUGAACAACCAUGGUGGAGAGGCGACCAUGUACCCCAAGCCCAUCCAGGACCUGACGGGCUGGCACAUCCGGGGCAUUGGCUGUUCUAACAAGAGCAUCGUAGUGCUGGCUGACGAGAGCGUCAUUUCGUGGGGCCCACAUCCUACCUAUGGCGAGUUGGGCUAUGGUGAAGGUCGGCAGAAAUCCUCGACAACUCCCCAGGAGGUGCGCCUGCUCGAAGGUGUCCAUGUGCAUGCAGUGGCCUGCGGCCUGGGCCACUCGGUGUUCAUUGCACGAGACGAAAGUGAGGAGGAGCGUGCUCGCAUCCGCCGCCUGCCCGAGUUCCAGCCCUGAGCGGUGGCGGCUGGAACCACUGUACAUACACCAUCAUGUACCCCUGGCACCCGACACGAUCAGCGGCCAAUCAUUCGUUCCCUGCAAAUACUCACCAGAGGAGAAGCUGCCUCACGUAGUUCUGGUUGUGCAAAGAAUCUCCUGCCAUUUUUGUUGCUUCUUUCCCGUACUGUACAGCAAGCUUUGUUUUAGUCACGUGUGCCACGUAAAGUGAUUGGCCACUCAUCAUGUUUGUGCAACAUGACCUCAUUGUAUGAUCUCAGGACAAUAGAUUUUAUGUUUUGAUAAUAAAAAGAAAUUGUCAAAGCGCAAA